AUGCCGAUGAAACGCAGCAGUGAGAGCUCAGCCAGAGAUGAAGUGUUUCUGAUUCACUCUUUAAACAAGACGUUGUGCAGCUCGCCGGAAAAAGCACUCAAAGACUUUAACGGACAGACGGAGCUGCAGCAGGAGGAUGAUUCUGGGAUUAAAUCAGAAGCCGAGGACAGUAACGAGACUCCGUCCUCGGAGGAAGAUCAGGACCUGAUGGAUUAUAACCCGGACCUGAGCAUCAAACAGAGCAUCACUUCCUCCUCCAACAGGAAGACCAUCAGUCAGAUCAUCAAAGACAAGAAGAAGCAGACGCAGCUCACACUCCAGUGGCUGGAGGAGAACUACAUCGUGUGUGAAGGAGUGUGUCUGCCUCGCUGCAUCCUCUACGCUCACUACCUGGACUUCUGCAGGAAGGAGAAGCUGGAGCCGGCCUGCGCUGCUACCUUUGGGAAGACGAUCAGACAGAAGUUUCCUCUUCUAACGACAAGAAGACUUGGAACCAGAGGACACUCCAAAUAUCAUUACUAUGGGAUUGGGAUCAAAGAGAGCAGCGCUUACUAUCACUCUGUCUACUCUGGGAAAGGUUUGACCAGAUUUUCAGGGAGUAAGCUCAAGAACGAGGGAGGAUUCACCAGGAAAUACUCACUGAGCUCUAAAACAGGAACUUUACUCCCUGACUUCCCGAGCGCUCAGCAUCUCCUGCUGCAGGGAAACAUCUCCAGAGAAAAGGUGGACACUCUCAUCAUGAUGUAUAAAACACACUGUCAGUGCAUCCUGGACAACGCCAUCAACGUCAACUUUGAGGAGAUCCAGAAUUUCCUGCUCCACUUCUGGCAGGGAAUGCCGGACCACCUGCUGCCGCUGAUGGAAAACCCGGUGAUAGUCGACAUCUUCUGCGUCUGCGACUCCAUUUUAUAUAAGGUUUUAACAGACGUUCUGAUUCCUGCUACGAUGCAAGAGAUGCCCGAGAGUCUUUUAGCAGACAUUCGCAACUUUGCCAAACACUGGGAGCACUGGUUAGCUUCCUCCCUGGAGAACCUCCCAGAAUGCCUUGCAGCCAAGAAACUCCCCAUUGCACGCCGCUUCGUCUCCUCCCUGAAGAGACAGACCUCAUUCUUACACCUUGCACAGAUAGCUCGUCCAGCCCUGUUUGACCAGGCUGUGGUGACCAACAUGGUGCUGGAUAUCGACAGUGUAGAUCUGAGCAGCAUCAGCUCACAGCCACUACUCAGCGUAACAGCGACCGGCGACCAGGACCAAGACAUCUACUCUGAGUAUGACUCCAUCACUGUCUUUCGGGAGCUGAAAGAGCUGCUGAGGAAGAACGCCACAGUGGAGUCGUUCAUCGAAUGGUUGGACUCCGUCGUUGAGCACAAAGUCAUCAAGCCCGGUAAGCAGAGCGGUCGGUCGGUGAAGAAGCGAGCUCAGGAUUUCCUGCUCAGGUGGAGUUUCUUUGGCGCCAGAGUGAUGCACAACCUCACGCUCAACAACGCCUCCAGCUUUGGUUCCUUCCACGUGAUCCGGAUGCUGUUAGAUGAAUAUAUCCUGUUGGCUCUGGAGACUCAGUUUAAUAACGACAAGGAGCAGGACCUGCAGAACCUCCUGGACAAAUACAUGAAAAAUGCAGAUGCCAGUAAAGCAGCGUUCAUGGCCUCGCCCAGCUCCUGCUUCCUAGCCAAUCGCAACAAGGCCAGCGCUGCCACUGACCAAUCAGUGAAGAACGAGUCUUUGGGAGAACACGCCUACAUGUCUCUCUCAGCCAAUCAGCAGCAAGGUUUGGACACGAGCACCGUCGUCUACCAGGGGACGGACUCGGUUGGGUUCACAGUUCCAGGUGGUCAGAUGGACUUCUCUCAGGUCAGCGCCCCCCUGAUGACGCCCCCUAUCUCUCCGGCAGCGUUAGUGCACCGAGGCUCCGUCAUCAACCAGGGGCCGAUGGCCGGGAGACCCCUGACGUCUUCCUCCUCUUCCUCCUUGUCCUGCUCUUCCUCUGCUUCCUCUUCCUCCUGCCUCUCCUCUCUCAGCGCUGCCAUGACGCAGCCCAGCCCCUGCGCCUCUUACCCGGAGACCCUGUACCACUGCUUACCUCAGACCAGCUCGGGUUACUUCCCUCCGGCCAGCGGCUCCUCGACCGCCGGCUACCAGACUGCUCUCAGGCCUCAGACUCAGACUCAGUGUCUAGCUUCGGUUCAGACUUCAUCGCUGGCCUACCACCUCUCCCGUUUCCCCUCCUUCAACGAGCAGCACCUGACCAAAGACGUCUUCUACAAUCAUCAUCAUCAUCAUCACUCAUCCAACACCAACAACUGCUCCCUGACGCCUUACGCCUCAGCGGUCCGGCCCGCGUCUGGCUACGGCUCAGGCACAGAUCCCGUCCAGACUGAGCAGGGUCUGGAUGCUCCGACAGCAGCACAGAUCCUGGACUCAGCAGAGGGGUUCGGCUUCGUGGGGGCCGGACUGAACCCUUCGGGCGGUGGGUGUCAGGGACAGACGUACUCUGCAGCAGGACACAGUGGUUACUUUGGAAACAGCAGCUACCUGGACAGCCAACGGAUGACAUCACUGGUCGACCAGCACGUGUCUGUCAUCAGCAGCGUCGGCAGUCUCCGUCCUUUCCCUCCAACUUACUCUGAAGUCCACGAUCCUCUCAACAUCCUGGACGAACCGGGAAGGAAAACAACCGGAGCGUAUUUCACUGAGGCUGAAACCGGAGCAGGAUCUGCUCCCUGCAUGUAUGGAGUUCCUUCUCCGUUCACCUCCCAGGAUGCACUGCUCUCCCAGCAGCGUGUGCCGUCUUCUUCAAACGUGCAGGACCUGGUUUCCUCGCUGCCCCCCAUCAACACUGUCUUCAUGGGUGCAGGAGGAGUGCAGUGA